CUUUCUCUCGCUCCCUUCCUAAUACCCUCGUUAAUCUUAUCGGGUAGGAUAACAGAUACCGCAGCCGCCAACCGCUAGGGUUCUGGAGCGGACUUCAACCAAGGGAAGAAGAUGGCGACCCCUCCGGAGGCGGUGAGACCAGCGGCAACGGGGACACCUGCGUCGUGCACGGCCGCCACACCUGCGGCGGCAACGGAACCUGCGUUCUCCAGGCCAACACCUGCGUCGGCGACCUCACUUGCAUCCACGGUGUCUAGAUCCAGGGCGACGAUGGCGCUUUUCCGGACACCUUCGGCCAGGACGGCGACACCUGCUUUGGCCGAACAAGAUGGAGGUAACGGCAGCCAAGAACCUGAAAGCUGCCUGCGUUCCUCUCAGAUUGACAACAGAUCGGAAGAAAAAUGGACUCUGUAUUUCACUUGCAAGGGGGUACCAGCAGGACAAGAAUUUAUUCAAUAUGAAACAGACAGGAGUGAUCUCACGUUUGGUAACUUAUUAAUAAUGAAAUCACAUAUGGGGUAUGGUGUCAGGGACUACUUGUACUAUAAGAACAAGAAGGCUGUAGCAACACUAAAGGAAAUCGACUAUGAUGUCGAUGCGAAUUCAAUGGUAGUAAUUAAUGCGGACGAGGGGGAGAUACGAUUAGUAGGGAUCAAGUAACAGAGUGAAAUAUGGACAUAACACCCAUUAAAUUGCCAAAAAAUACACCAAUUAAUGAAGACUUUGUAGAUGAGUCAAUUGAUGAAUACAAGGAUUGGCUUUCUGAUCUACAUGAACAGGGCGAAGCUAUGGGUAAGUUAUGUUGCUACCCUAAUCAAGCACGUCAAUUAGAAGCUUAAAAUUGAAUUUUCUAGGCUUGGAGGACCUGUAGGUGACAACACACGUACGUUCACUGAUGAAAUAGUAAUACUUAUGAGGAAAAGGGCAUCAUUUAUUGGAGUGAGAACGUGGAGAGAUAUCGAUCAAGAUGUAAAAAACUCAAUAGUAUCUGAUGUGAUGGUAAGCGUCUUAUUUCUUUCAAUUGCGUAACCUUUUUAAUUAUCAAAUAAUGCCAGAAAUGACAUAGUAUUUGUAUUUUCUAUU